CGCACUGAGCUCACACGGCGGAACCUGAACGCACCAGGACCGAGACACUGGCCGGUCAGUCCGUCACCGUCCGGGAGGAAAGCAGCCGUUACACGGGUCAUCACCGGCGUCGCACCGACACCGGGGCUUUCAACACGGUUCCGGCUUCACUUGUCGUGAUGCGCGGGUUAGCCAGCUAACGUUAGCCGGAAAACUAGCAUCCGCCGCUCGGGUGUAAAAGUAGCCGGGUCCGAGCUCCUGUCCUCGGCUGCGUGUGGGCGAGUCAAUCGGAUUAAAGUCGGGGCCAUGGAGGCGUUGCGUUACCUCCAGGACCCGCACCUUGUCGCCCGCUUCCAGAACAUUUGCGGGGUUCGCGGGAAGUUUUCUAGAAGCGUCGCUGCCGCCGACAGCAGCGGGGCAGCCGGGCGGACCGGCUCGCACAACAACGGGGCAUGUAGUCACCACACCGCCGGGGAGAAGGAGGGUGGAAAGCUCCCCUCCAGUGGAGCUGGGGACGGGGACUCGGUGAGAGUGGCGGCCGCCGGGGGUCGGAGGAGGAUUACCGGGGCUGAUGAUGACAAAAGCCACGGGGAUGGAUGUGAAAACGCUCCUCGGAACGGGGCGCCCCUGUGCGGGGGAGCCGCGGGCAGUGCGGGCAGCAGCAGCAGCCUCCCCGGGGCUGGAGCCGCGGCUCAGGGCGACGGCAGCGCGCACUGUCCGGGGGAGUUCGGUGACGGCGACCCGGCUGUUGUCUCCACGGCGAAGCCCCUCCGAAGGAACUCUCUGACGGGGGACGCCGGGCAGGAGUUCCUGAUCGAGAACCGGUUCCUGUUCUACCUCUUCACGUUCGGAACCGAGCUGGGCAACGAGCUGUUCUACAUCACCUUCUUCCCCUUCGUCAUCUGGAACCUGGACGCCUUCGUGGGCCGGCGGCUGAUCAUGGUGUGGGUGUGGGUCAUGUACCUGGGCCAGUGCACCAAGGACGUGAUCGGGUGGCCGCGGCCCGCUUCCCCGCCCGUGGUCAAGGUGGAGAUGUUCUACAACUCGGAGUACAGCAUGCCGUCCACACACGCCAUGUCCAGCACCGCCAUCCCCUUCUCCCUGUUCUUCAUCACCUGCGGCCGCUGGGAGUACCCGUUCCCACUGGGCCUGAGUCUGGCUCUCUGCUGGUGUCUGUUGGUCUGCGUCAGUCGAAUCUACAUGGGAAUGCACUCAGUCCUGGACGUCAUAGCUGGUGUCCUGUACAGUGUCCUGAUCCUGCUCGUCUUCCUCCCAGUCCUGGACCUGAUUGACGGCUUCAACCUGACCUGCCGCUAUGCGCCGCUCACCAUCAUCUCCCUCCACCUGGGCCUGGGCCUCUUCUCCUUCACCCUGGACACCUGGAGCACCUCGCGGGGCGACACCGCUCAGAUCCUGGGCACGGGGGCCGGCGUGGCGCUGGCCUCCCACGUCAACCACUACCUGGGCCUGCUGCCCGACCUGACGCCGGACCAGCUCCCGUUAGCCUUUCCCGCCCUCAGCGUGGGCCUGGUGGGUGCGGCCCUGCUGCGGCUAGUCGUGGGAGUCCUGGUGCUGAUGGCCUCGCGGGCGCUGAUGAAGGCCAUUACCCUCCCGCUGGUAUGCCGGGUGGUCGGCGUGCCCAGCGGGGACGUGAGGAAGGCCAGGCAGCACAUGGAGGUGGAGCUGCCCUACCGAUACAUCGUGUACGGGGUGGUGGGCUUCAACGUGCUCUUCCUGGUCCCGCUGCUCUUCAGCUACGUGCAGUUCUCCUGACUGGACGUCGGCUCACUUCAUGGUCACUGAAACGGUGAAGUGACGCUGCAGAACUUGACCUGCUGCUGUUGUCAGAUCAGUUCCGCUGCUUCUUUUCAUCUCAAACCACUUCCUGUUCCAGAGGCAGCUGCGUUGAGGCCAGAGAAGAUGAAUUAAAGCCUCAACAAUGAUCCGCUGCCAUUUUAUCAGUUUCACAGUUUUUCCUCCUGUUGGCUCAGAGUCACAUUCAGAACGGACUGAACAGGAGCCACUGUUCGCUCCUCACAGCGUCCCAGUGUUCGUCCUGAGGACCAGGACGUUCUGUAGAUUUAACCUUGACCCUCUCCCCCCCGCGGUCGACUCUUCUUUAGAUUUAUUUAAAAUCCAACGGCUCUGGUCUGAAGCCAGGAGACGCUGCUCCUCCUCCCCCUCCUCCCCCUCCUCUUCCAGCUUUAUUCAUUUUACAAGCAACAAAACAAAAAUAACUUUUUCACAGUGGCCUCUGAAAGACUGAAAAUGCCACUGAUUGCUACUGAUAGACGACCUGUGUCUAUUUACUUUUUUAUUAAUCCUAUUAUUAUUAUUUUUAAUAAGGCCACAGACAAAGAACCAUAUGGGUAAGAAGACUUUUACAUUUAUUUGAUGGACCAGCUCACGAUUAUUUUCAUCCACAUUAAUCUGCUGAUUUUCUUUUCAGUUCAUUGUAAUCUGAAACAUUGAUUAAAAAAAGAAAAGGAUGCAACCUGAAAAAAUAUAUUUGAUUAAAAAAGAAAAGAUUGAUUGAAUAGUAAAAUCAAAAGCUCAACUUUAGUGUCUGAACUUUCUGGUUCUUUGUCUGAAGCUUCUGGAUAUUUCUAUUCGACCUUCCUCUCUUUUGUCUCACGUCUCAAAGCAAUAAGAUGAUUUUAUAAUAAUUCCUUUUUCCUGUGUGGGAGUUUGUUCGAAUGCGAAAAGGUUGUUAUCAUUUCCUGUCUCAACUAAGAGACAGAUUUCCUUCAGACCUUUUGGGAAUCGAACGUUUCUCCCUCGAGGCGUUUGACCGCACGUGUACAGUGUUUUCUUAAAGGGCUCCUCCCACUCUGCCUGCUCUGUUUACUCCUCCUGUUCGACCGCCGCCCUGAGACUGAUCGACUUGUCCUGUGAGCUGACAACGAGAGAAGCAGCGACGAGGCACAUGUCUGAUCCAGAGGGAAGUUUGGGAAAUGUACAGAGAGGAUUUCAAGAUGUUUGUGUUUUAACACUGUGAAAUCCGAUUGGUGGUUUGAUAACGUGGAGCUGUUCUCGGUAACACGCGUCCACUGUGCGGGGGAGAGUUUCAUCGUGUGAGGAGGGAGGAGACAACGCUGCUGUCAGGAGACGAGGGUAGGGAGACAACGCUGCUGUCAGGAGACGAGGGUAGAGAGACAGAAGACAGUCAGGACGACGAAGGGAGGAGCAUCAAAAUAUAUAUAUUAUUCAAAAAUUCGAUUUUUUUUCAAUCUCACGUUACAGCCUGAGAUGGAAAUGUGUUUAAAAACGUCAUAAUUCCAAGCAUACUUGAAAUAUUUCAAACAUGAUGUUGAAAAACAGUUGAACGGGACUUGUUCCUGUGCCGCUGAGACGUGAUCAGUGAGUCUCUUUGUUUGCCAGAGAUUUGAAGUUGUAUACGUUUCACUCCCAGAAUCCUUCAUGAUAGAUUCAAGCAUCAUGUCCCCUCAGCGUCCUCCUGGAGCAUCCUCUCCUCCCGCCGUCGUCACGGUGAUGAAACUCCCUCUCUAAUGUAGAUUCACUGGUUGAGUUCGGACCAAUAUUUCACUUUGAGUUUUUUUUGUGCUUUACUUCGGUCUUCUCUGGUUGUACGUGUAGAUUCCAGCAGUAAUCUAUUACAACACUCGUUUGGACCCUCAUGUUCUGUUGGAGUUGAAAGGACAACACAAGGGUCAUGAACUCACAAUUCUCUCAGUUUGUGUCGGUGUUCUGAUCCUGAAUCUGCAACGAUAUUCCACGUCCACACACACACACACACACACACACACGUGAUGUCAUGUCACUGAUCGCUUUCGAAACCCUGCAGGAAAAAUGUUUUAAUUACAGUCAAAUUCCACAUUUGGGUUCAAAAAAGUUAAAUUUCAAAAUGACAGAAAACAUUUGGAAACAGAAACUGACCUUGGUUAAUAAAUACCUGAAUUUUCUUCUAGAGUAUUUGAGUCAAAGAAAAUUCAAUAUUCAAGGUUCAUUCAUUCACUUAUAAGCUGAAGGACAAAAGCCACGAGUUUAUUCUUUGUUAUUUUUUCAUGAUAUAAAAGAAAAUGUGAUUUCAGUUGUCAAACAACUUCAGAAACUUAAUUUGGAUGAAAGAAGUUGAGUCAAAAUCCCAGUUGUGAGAAUUGGUUCAACAGGUGAAACUACAGAUCGCUGUGAUCGUGGACUUUCAUCAGAACGUGGCUCAGACACACGAGUUCGAUUCCUUCUGUUUUUAAACGUUUCUCUGACAGUUUGUCCUGAAUCUGUCCUCGAGGAAUAAACCCAACAUCUGGACGAGGCCUGAUGUGUCCUUCACUCUGGGAGAAAAACCUCCUGCUGAGUAUUCUCCUCUGCAGCAGCUGAAGUGCCUUGCUCCAGGGCACUGGCAGGACUUUACUGUUUUCCAGCUGGUGACGUGUUCAGGUGCUUAAUUUGAGCACAGCAGUUUGAGCAGGAAGCUUUUUAUUGUUGUUUCUUGUACACGGUACUGUCCUAAUAUUAUAAUAUUAAUGCACUGUUCCCAGAAUGCACUGCCCCCCCCCCCCUCGAGCCGGGCACAAAGGGUGAAGUUGGUCCUGAAUGUCAGUAUUUUGUAAUUUUCCUGUCAUUUCCUGAUGGAGAAAUAUUCAAAAUGUUCAGAUUUUACCACUAAAUGAAUGAAAGUUCCUUUAAUAAGCAGAUUGUCCUUUUAAACCAAACUACAAAUCCAGGUUUAAAAAUUCUUCCUCCCAUUUGUUAAGAAUAAAAGCCAGAAGCCGCAGAUGGAGCCGCUUCACCUGAGGGUUUGUCCGGCUCGUCUCACGUCCUGUGGCCUCGUGCACACGGGUUCGCUCAGAUCGUUGUGGUGUUUUGUCUGAAUGUGGUUUCCUCUCUGCAGCAGUGAAACCAGACGUGUUUCGAUUGACAAAACACACAACCUCUGUUCGUUCUAUUGUCACUUUAUAAGGUUCGUUGUUCUGUUGGUUAAUCCCCAGGUUGUCAGGGUAACAAAAUUAUUCCAGAGUUUGGUUUAAAAUCUGCACGUUUAAUUCAGCCAAAAUCGAUUUGUGUUGUGAAGUUUUUGACACAAACUCGUUUUGUUAGGACGCCGUAGUGAUCAGAGAAAUCAACAGGAGGGAAACACUUUUUCUUUUUGUGGUAUUUAUAUCCUGACGCUGUUUCCUGCAGGUGGAGGAACAAUCAGGAAAAUCAGAUUGUCAGGCGAGAUUAAAGCAAACAUCCUGAUGUGUUUCUAUUGUGAGGGCUCCCCGCCAGAAAGAGCGUUUCCACAAGAACACGUUCAAUUCACCGGUGUGUUAACCUGUGUGUGUGUGUGUGUGUAUUUGUUUGUGUGUGUGUGUGUGUGUGUUUGUGUGUGUGAAGGAUUCAAAUUUGUUUGGUAAAUUUACAGAAUUUGUCAUUUUGUUUGUUACAGUUCAACAUGAUGUAAUUUGGUCAAAUUUAGAAUUAGAAUACAUUUUGUUUUAUAAUGUGACAUAAUCCCAAAUUUUAUUAUGUUAGUAAAAUCACAGAUUUUGUUAUGAUCCUAAAUUUUGGUAUGAAAUUUUAUUGAGAAUAUUAAUCCUAAAAAUUAUUUGUUGUUUUUCCAAGUUUAGAUUUUGGUAAAAUGUCAAAUUUUGUCAUAAUCCUACAUUUCAUUAUGUCACGUUAGGAUUUUAUUGUAUAAUUUAUAAAAUUCUAGAAUUGGUUAUGUAGUAGAAUUUCAAAUUAUUCUCUGAAACAGUAUUUAUUUGACAUUUGUUAUAAAAUUUUAUAAAAUCUCUAAUUUAAUUUAUCAUAAUCCUAAACGUUCUUUUGGAGAAAUUUGGCUAUUUGGCCAAUUUCCAAAAUCGAAUGCAAAUUCUGUUAACAUUAUUUUAGACACGAGGCAAAUCCUAAAAAUUGUCUCUACUGUUCAAUCACUAUCAUCACAUUUUUACCAGAUGGUAGUUUUUAUAAAAUUCUAAAUUUGAUAACAUUUUCAUUAUAAUCCAAAAGCAAAAUAGUAGCACCCUGUAUGUUUAAAUGAGCUCAGAUCAUUGAUACAAUGAGGGAGUUUAUUAGUCAUUACAUUAUAUUUAAGAAAGUUAACUUUAUUAGCUCCCCUGCGCCCCCUGGUGGCCGCUCUCUACUUAACGACACUUCUUUGUGUGUUUCUGAGACGUUUUUCCGACUGAAUCUCAGAGAAAUAACUUUUUAUAUGAAAUUCUUUCUGACCAAAUAUCCGCUGGUUGAACCGCGUAGCUGCGGCUCUGUUAGCUUGACGUUAGCUUCCGUUUAGUGCCUUUGUUCAGGACAGGGAAUGUUUUUACCUUUCACGUGAAAACUCCUGACGUCUUCUCUCACUCUCUCUCCUGUGGGUUCGCCUUUUGCACUUUGUAGCUGCAGACACACGUUUUCCUGUGUAGAGAAAAAUAGAUAAAUAAGUAAAAACAUUUCCUAGUAAAUGUCAUGAAGUUUUAUACUGAAGGUUUAAAGCAGAUUGUCAGUGUUUCCUACUGUUGCUUGGUUAGUUUUUUUAUUCACUCACGUAAGCAGCAACUGUAGCUGAAGUCCUUUUUGUGUUGAAGUAUUUUUAUUUUAACCUUUGGACAUAUUUGUGUUCACUCGCAUGAAAAAAAAGUUUAAAUGAGUUUUGACCUUUUUUUACAACCCCCCCCCCCCAAAAAAAAAAACAUCCUCCCAUUGUUCAUCUGUUUGGUUUGAGAAGUUUUAUAAUGUUUAAAACGUUGAAUUCCAAAAUACAGCACAAAUUAAUCUGUAAAAAACAAGUUCUAUGUUCCUUCAUUUGCGUCGGUCUCAUGUUUCACUUCACAUCCGACUGACGGGAACUUUUCAAGAUCUUUUCUAGUUUCACAGUAUUUUUUUUUUUUCAUAUCUACAGAUUUUAUUGUUGGAUUUGAUUUGAUUCAAAAUUUGGCUCCAAGUGUCUGAUUGUUUGUGUGGAAAAUAAAAAAUGAUGUUAAAAUAA